CGUCGGUCUUCAGCUGAGCACCGGAGCACCCCUGUGAUUGGCUGCAGAGGGAAACGAGCUGCCUUCAGCCCACCCACCGCUGAUUAUAGGGACUCUUGUUGUCUCCUUCCUCCUUUCUCCCUUGCAUUGAGUCUGGGACCUGGCCCGGGGGCUGAGCAGCAACACACACAGAGCGCGCAUCAUGGCAGCUACCCACAACGAGUACAGAGGCUACCUGCGGAACAACGUCCACAUGGAGGCAGGGCAGCACCGCUUCCACCCGGUGCAGAACUCGGAGCCCACUUACCGGCCGCUCCUAUUCGGGACCCUCGCUGUUAUGGGAUUGCUUCAGGUGGCGUCCAGCGUGGCGAUCUUAUUACACCUGACAGGUUAUCUGCAAGAGGUAGAUUUGUCCACAGCCCCACACCGGCCCAUUGAGGAGGUGCAGACGGAGCCGGUGCUGAACGCACUGAGAGACACGAGGAAAACCAGACGGUGCAAAACUCCAAAAGAGAGCCUGCCAUCAGCUCAUCUACCAAUCAGAAGGCCUCAGGAGUACCCCAAAACAGAGGAUGUGCGGCAGGCCAUAACCAUCGACUGGGAGGAGAAGCACGGAUACCACCACAAGAUGGGCUACCAGAAGGGCAAACUGCUGGUGAUAGAGCCGGGUUUCUACUACGUUUACGCCAAGACCUGCUUCCGCUACUACCGUAUACCAGAGGACAGCAGUCAGGCCGAGAUCCCGCCGGUGGACGUUAGCAACACCCAGCUCAUCCAGUACGUCUACCACGAGAGCAUCAAGUGGAACAAGGCCGUGAUGCUGAUGAAGACGGGCAGCACCAUGCGCUGGAACGACACGAGCUAUAACAUGUACUGCGCCCAGCAGGGCCGAGGCGUCCAGCUGGAGGAGGGAGACGCCUUGUUUGUCAACGUGUCCAAUGCUUGGAUGCUGGACCUGGAGGGAGAAGGGACGUACUUUGGGGCCAUAAAGUUGGGUAACUGAAAUUGAAACACGUGGGGAGCGGACAUGCUACUGAACAUUUGAUAUGCCAAAGAACCACUGUUAGUGAUUUACAAUGUUGGUUUGUCAAAAAAGUGUCUUUUUAUAUUGUACAUGUGUUAAUGAUUUUUUUGUUUUUUUUUACAUUGCUCUUCACCAAAUAGCCUUGGAGUCCUUCAUGAGAAAAACUUAAGGAAAAGGUAAAAACUUGUUUUGCCACUUGCCCCCUGCAAAAAAAAAAGAGAUGAGACACACAGCUCUCAACUUCAUCCAAAAUAGCACUGGACUUUUUUUUUUUUUG